UCACUCAUCCAACUAUCAUGACGCCUUCCACAAAACCUGAGACUUUCCUGCUAACCUCCAUGCUGCUCUGCACCCUCCUGGGUCUGGGUAAGUGACUAGGAGUCUGGACUUCUGGAAUCCUGAAACGAAGACUAUAGGAGAGCAUUUAGCCAGGGUACCCACUGAGCUGUGAGGUGUGUAUCAGGAAUGGAGCCAUAUGCACUGGAGUAAUGAAGACUUGCGCCCAGGACGAGGACUCCUGCAUCUCCAUCAUGACUGAGACUAACAACAAGGGCUCUGUGGACGUGACCAGCUACAAAGGGUGCUCGAAAUCCAGUGAGUGUGACCCGGCAUUCCUCUCCAUCACCGUGGCUCUGGAGAACUACAUGGGGUCCGACACGCGCUGCUGCCAGAACGAUGGCUGCAACCACAAACCCCUGCCGGCGUUCAGGAGAAAUCUGACAGAGAAUGGCCUUUGGUGUCCUUCCUGCUUCAGCGUCUCCACGGAAACAUGCACCCCGACUCAGGAAGUGCCCUGUAUUGGCGAGGAAACCCGCUGUGUCGCCUUGACUGGCCUCACACAGCCUGGCAUCAGAUUUGCUGCCCAGGGCUGUGGCACAGAGGCUGCCUGCCACAGCAAGCCUGGGACCCUGGUGCCCUCAGGCUCUCGUUUGUUGACCAUCGAAAAGACUAGCUGUCGUCCAAGCCCCCAGGCUUCUGGCAAGGCUGAGUGAAGAACUGAGGCCCAUGUGGUGUUUGGUCUCCAUUCGU